ACUAAAUCAAUCAAUUCAAAAGAAUUUCGUGACGAUUGCCAACCGAUCGAAUAAACAAUAUUAAAACGAACUCUCGAUUUCGUAGUGUAUAUUGCUCAAACUGUGUUGCGUGCGUGUUUGUUUGUUCAUUUUUUACACAUCAGCUGUAAAUAUCACAUGAGCAAUUGUGCCGCGGUGACCAUAUUGUGUGCCUGUACUCGCGGACCCUCGCAACAAAGAUCGUAACAAUAUUUACUUUUAUCAAAACCUUAUCGUAAUUCAGGUUGUUUAAGUGAUUUCAUAGCAUUGCUGACGUCCGUUCGCGCGUAAUUAACUCAGAUAUGGCAAUGAGCGAGACAACGCUAUCCAAAUGUCACAAAAAUUUCAACCGUCGACCCGCCGACUUGUGUACAAUGUGAUUUUAUGAAAUAAGUUCAAAAAUUAACUAAGUUCUGUAAAUGUAAGUGUGAAAUAGUGUCUGUAAGUGUCAAAAAACGCAUUCCGUUCAUAUUUCGUGCUCAAAAUCGUGUAAAAAUCUCUGUGCUGUGCUCAAAACAUCCAGUUCCUUGAAAAUGGCUAGUGACUCAAAAUACGUCCAUUAUUGCAUACAGUGAAUUGAAUAAGUGCUUUCUUAGUGCAAAAUAGUGUUUUCAAAUUAGUUUUCUACUAAUAAUUCUAACGAGAAAUUGGCGCGUGUGAAUAGUGUUAACCAACACCAUCUAUUGUGCAAUGGAUUGAGUGAUUUAUCGUGGAGUUGUGUACAGCGCCAUCUGUUAUUGAGUAGCGGCAAUGUUUAGUACCUGAUAUUGCCAUGGAGGCCGGUUUCAUACCGGUUAGUGCCGGCAAUGGCGGUAAUGCGUCGCAAGUUAAUUCCGUGGUGGCGCCACCGGCUAACGUUAUUCGCGCGCCGGGUUUGAAGCGCGGGAAAAUGGAAGAAGCUAUAUCGGAUCGGAUAAAGUUGGAGAGCGUCCUCGGACUGACGGUUGGCAGUAACGCUGCUCUCGACUGCGAUCCGAACACAGAACUUGUCGCCUAUCCGGCAGGAUGCACCGUGGUCCUGUACAACGUCAGGAAGAACAGGCAGUCGCAUGUGUUGAACGCGUGCCGCAAGAGUGUCACCUGCGUGGCGUUCUCUCCCGACGGACGGUACCUCGCUACGGGGGAGUGCGGACAUGCCCCCGCCGUCAGGGUGUGGGAUCUACAGGAUCCCACGGCAUCUGGAGCGGUACAGAUAGCGGAGUUCAUUGGACACACGCAUGGCGUUAGUUGUGUUGCAUUCUCGACGUCAUCGAAGUACUUGGUGUCGAUAGGAUCGCAGCAUGACAUGAUCGUCAACGUGUGGGACUGGCGAGCUAAUCUCAAGCUGGCUAGCAAUAAGGUGUCGUCUCGUGUGAAAGCAGUGAGUUUCUCCGAGAAUGGCAACUACUUCGUGACGGUCGGCUUCAGGCACGUCAAGUUCUGGUAUCUCGAGUACUCCAGGAAUGCGAAGUUCAAAGAGCCAGUCCCCCUAAUGGGUCGUUCAGCAAUCCUGGGCGAGCAGAAGGACAAUGAGUUCUGUGACGUGGUCUGUGGGCGGGGGGCCGCCGGGGACAGCACCUACUGCAUCACUCGGGGCGGCCUGCUCUGUGAGUUCAACAGUAGGAGGCUCCUUGAUAAGUGGGUGGAGUUGAGGACUACGUCAGCAAACUGCAUGGCGAUAGGUUCGAACUACAUAUUCGUGGGGUGCGCCGAGGGCAUCGUGCGGUGCUUCGCCCCCGACACGCUGCAGUACAUCACCACGCUGCCCCGGACGCACUACCUGGGGGUCGACGUCGCGCUGGGGACUAAUAUUAGCCACAUGUUCUCGCAGCCCCCUCACGCGCGCUACCCGGACGCGGUGGCGCUGACGUACGACGAGCGGAACCACAAGCUCACGUGUGUCUACAACGACCACAGUCUGUACGUGUGGGACGUCAGGGACAUUAAGAGGGUGGGCAAGUCCCACUCGGCGCUGUACCACUCGGCGUGUAUCUGGGGCGUGGACAUGGAGGGCGGCGCCUUCCUGUCGUGCUCCAGCGACGACACCGUCCGCAGGUGGCAACUGGCUCCCACCGCGCCCAAUAUUUAUAGUAAUGAGCUGAACAAAGUAUUCUACAUAGACCCCGAACUGAAAUUCCUGAAAGACGUAGAUUUAACGGCCACCAAUGAUAAGGACAAGUCUAAAUCGUAUGAUGACAAGACUGGAGUAAGAUGCGUGCGCGUGUCCCCGGACGGGCAACACAUCGCGUGCGGCGACCGCGCGGGCAACGUCUGGGUGCACGCCGCCGCCGGGACACUACUCCACACCCUGGAGGCGCACGACGCCGAGGUGCUGUGUCUGGAGUACAGCGCGCGGCCCCGCCUGCUGGCCUCCGCCUCCAGGGACAGGCUCAUACACGUCUUCCAAGUGGACCGGGGUUACCAAAUAAUGCAGACGCUGGACGAACACUCGUCCUCUAUCACAGCAGUUCGGUUCCUCAGCUCUGGAGCUGGGUUACAGAUGGUAUCCUGUGGCGCUGACAAAACUAUACUCUUUAGGCAGCUCAGACAUUCGCAGGACGGCGGCUACCAGUUCCAGCGCGGCCAGAACGUGUCGGGGCGGACGACGCUGUACGACAUGGAGGUGGACGCGGGCGGGCGCCACGUGCUGACGGCGUGCCAGGACCGCAACGUGCGCGUCUACAGCGCCGCGCACGGACGACACACCAAGACCUUCCGCGGGACCACCGCCGAGGACGGCACGCUCAUCAAGGUGGCCCUGGACAACAGUGGUAUAUACCUGGCCACGUCAAGCACGGACAAGAUACUCAGCGUCUACGACUACUACUCCGGCGAGUGCAUGGCCACUAUGUACGGACACUCCGAGAUUGUCACCGGACUCAAGUUCACCCCAGACUGUCAGCACUUGAUCUCAGCGUCAGGAGACGGCUGUAUCUUCGUGUGGAGAGUGCCCCAUGACAUGGUGGUCACCAUGAGAGCCAGGCUCGCUCAGCAAGCUAUACGACAGGGGAAGAAAGUAUCAACAGCGAGUAACGGAAUGUCAGGUUUGGACAGUGAGAGCGACUCCCACUUCGGCUCCCCCCCACGGGAGCUGCCCUACGAGGAGAACAAGUUCGGUACCCCGGUCGUGCCUGAUUACACUCUCCGCAUCGGCCGCCUGCCGACCUGGGCCAAGAAGAGUCUGGGAGACGACGCCAGUGCCGGGGACACGCCCGCCCCCGACCCGCCCGCCCGGGGCAAGUGGGCCACUAGGAUCAAUCCUAAUACUGAAAAACGUGGCGACUCAGACGGAUCUAAAGACAGCUCUUUGGACAGCGGUACCGACACUAGAUACAUAGACAAACGGAAAGAUCAGACUGGAAUCAAACAGAGGCCGAAGUCCCUCAACUUGUCACAACUGCCUCGUGUCGAAGCAUUAUUCCGAAAUUUCGACGCGACCAUGAGAAAAACCUACGAUAUUCUUACCAUAUCGCCAAGGGUUGAAAAGGUUACGAUUAAUUUGUCGAAAAGUCGCACGCCUGAGGCGCGGACGCGACACCACACCGACGAUUCUUCGCUUGGCAGUUUUAAAUAUGAGGAUCAGGAGUCAACGGAGCACGACGGUGACAUCGAGGACAUAUCUGACGGUGAGAGGACCUCGUCCUCGGAGCGAGGGAACAGACCUACCUAUUAUCCUGGCAACAAUGAUGAUGAGACGCCUGGAGAGUUCAUGGUGAAUGCAAUGGACGCGGACGAGCUCCGAGAGUCUAUGCGUCGCUCCAAGCGAUGGACGGGCGAGACCAGACUCGAACUGCCACCGCCACACGCCAAACUUACUGGAACUCCACAGGACUCGGAUGAUGACGAGGUAUCAACUCCAUCAGGCGACAAUACGGAACGCAACCCAUUAUCCGGUUCAUGUGAGUCCCUGGACACGGCGGGGCGGCGCGAGAAAUAUAUCAAGUCAGCCUUCGACAGUCUCAGCGCGGCCGACAUGGAUGCUACUCUCACUGGGGGCAACACGUCCCUGUCGUCCCAGCACCUGUCCCGCGCGCCGCCGGUCCGUCCGUCCCCCGCGCCGCGCACCCCGUCCAAGAUGGUGGACCCUGAAGCCGCCAGGAGGAGGGAGGAACUCAACAGGAGGAUACUAGAGACUAGAAGGCAACUGGAGAGUGUGGCGUUCAGAUCGAACUUAAAAUCGAGUCAGUCGACCACAGACCUCUCCUACAUUCCGGAAAAGGAUAGUUCUCGUCGCAAUCGUCCUGUGUCCAUGGCCAUCCCAUCCAAUUCCAGACCUUACGCGAAUCGCUCGCAACAGUCGGCUUCCGACCGCGAGGAGGAGGGUUCAGGCAUGAGAAGGGCGAUCUCCCUAUCGGACCUCGCUGCCAAACCCAUGCCGGCGCCAAGGACACCACAAGGUCAAACCUCGAAGCCUUCGACUCCUCAGAAUGGCUCCAACUCCAAGUCUCCUGGAAACUUCGUGAGACCAGCUCCUAGGUAUACCAAUAAAUCCAAUAUGACCAGAAGUUCCAGUGUUGGUGUGCUGAAUCAGAGCGACUCGGAAUCCGACCCCCAACCCUCACGGCAGCAACCGAACAGGUCACAAGGUCUCAUGAGGCCAACGAUAUCUUCAUUAAACAAGGUCGCAGCCAACACGGCCCGGAGACGUGGCCUCGCCAACGCUUACAGUGCAGUGAGCCUUGCGACGGGCGCUCACGAGGAGUCCAGCUCGGAGGCCGAAGACAGGAACAAUGGAGACGGCACCGCUCCACCGCGACCCAGGGCUUCCUCCGUCGACCAUAACCAGAGGAGGAUAGGUCGCAGUGGCAGUGAACGAGAUCUUUCAGCGAAGGCUCGCGAGGUUACAGCCAGACUUACAGCGAACACAAGGCAGAGACCGAAACAGGAACCGCCUGCUGAAGCCAACUUGACAUCGUCCCAGCUGUGCUCUGCGCUGACGGAGCAACUGACGAAGACUGCCAGCAAGGUGGUGCAGCUGUACGCCAGCCUGCAACGAGAACCCAACGCUGCGGCCGACAUCAGCGGUCUGGAAGCAGCAAUCCUAGAGACUCAGAAAGUGUUGCGUAGCGCGGUCAGCCGGGCACAGAAUGGAGACCAAGCACUCAGCAGCCUGUCCUCUACUGACGGGGACUAUAGACUACAGCCACCUCUAGACCAUCUCGUUGCUAAAGACGCAGCGAACUCUAGCAACCCAGCCAUGUCGCUGAUAGAACAAUACUCAGACAUCCUCCUAAAUAUGAUGCAGACGAAAAUGGUGAGCCAAUUUAACCAGCCACAGAGCCUACCGCCAAACACGAGGGAUCCCGCAGGAGAAAGCUAAUGAAAAACCCAAGUGUAGUGACUAUGAACUGUGAAAAUGUGACUUUUUGUGUGAAAUAAGUGUUAAAACUGUGUGAUGGAGUGUGAAGUGUGAUUUAACUAUGGAUUGUCGGAAGGUGGGUGUAUUUUUGGUGUCUUUGUUAAAAAAAAAUUCGAUGUGUGUUUAACCAGAGCCGUAUUAUACCUAAGGCAGACUUGACAAGUGCCGGGCGCCAGGUUACAGAGGGCGCCGCGAGACACGCGUGUACAACUUGUAUAGAGAGUGACGAGGGCGCCAGAAGUAAUUUGGGGCGCCCAUGAGGUGCUUCCCUAGGGCGCUCUCUUGGUUUAAUUCGCCCCUGUGUUUGUUUCCCUUUUGAGACAAAAACCAAUAAUGAUAUUACUUUACAAUCUACAGUAAAAUCACAUUUCUACAUAAAAGUUGAUGUUAACUUAACUAAAUUAAAUAAAAAGUUAAAAAUGUUAACUUUGACCUCUAGUUACGGGGGUAAUUUUUAACCAAAAUAUUGUUAAAACUACUUAAUAUUAAUGAAAUUGUAAGUCAGACAUCGAUCAUUAAUAGUUCUGUCCAUAUAAUGAUAUUAAUCGAAUUGUCGAUUUGAUAAAAAUAACGAGUAUAAAAAGUAAGACAAGUUUUUUGAAAAAAAGUGAUAUUUAAGUAUAUUGUAAUGUGUUAAAAUGUUUAAUUAUGGUACUUUAGAAUUUCUAUACACACCAGCUCACGUAGUGUAGAUGUCCAGUCAACAAGGAUGUAGCGAGGUUGACUGUCCAGGCGACACAUGUACUUAGGUAUCGUCAUGAGCUAAUGUUCACAUGUAAACUAUCUUUUACCGCAUUUAAUGAGCGAAAAUAAACUUUAUUCCCAUCAAAAUAAAGAUUUCUAUAGUACCAUAUGUUAAUAUAAAAGAAAACAUCGUAAAUUCACACGUGAGAAUGUAAAUAACGAUUUUUAAAAAUUAAUAAAUAAUAAAUUAGGUACAUUUGUCAAUUUGUAUCUUUAGAUGUCCAAGAAAAGUCGUUAAAAUAUAAAAUAAUCGAGAAUGCUGCCAUUGUUAUUAAGAUCAGCGCCAUCUAUGUUCUGUCAAACGAACUAUUGGUGUAGAAAAUUGGAUUUUACAACAAUUAUUCGUCUAUUUAUUGAAAUGUUUGUGCCCACGCGCUUAUAUGUUUUGUAUUUAUGACUAUUUUUAUAUUAGCAUUCCGCCCAAAGUUUCAUCUGGUUCUGAAAGUCCAUAUCUCAAUCUAUGUAUAUGCCAAAUUGUAUCUCAAUCCGUUCAGUAGUUUUUACAUUAAACACAAAUCCUCAAACUUUAUUGUUUCGAAAUAUUAAAAGACUAUUUAUUUGAAAUAUACCUGUUCAUUGAAAAAAAAAUACUUCAAGAAAAAUCAUUCUAUAUGUUCUUCUUCCAUACUCUCCUAUCAAUCAUAACAUCACAAAAUCUUUGUUCUUUCGCAUCACGCCUAAAAAAUUUCUUACUAGAUUCUGCCAACGGUCUCGCCCGCGUUCUCGUGGGUUAAAUAGUCUCUGUAUGACCAGACCAUAAUCUACUCCUUACAAAUUUCAAUCCGAUCUACCCCAACAGUCAUCGGUUCUUUGACAAAUGUGACCGGUUUACACAGAGCCGUAUUAUCCCUAAGGCAAACUAGGCAAGUGCUGGGCGCCAGGUUACAGAGGGCGCCGCGAGACGCGCGUGACUUUCUGACCAUAGAGUGACGGCGGUGCCAAAAAACAUUAUGGGCGCCUAUGAGAUGCAUGCUUAGGGCGCUCUCCAGGUUUAAUCCGCCCCUGGGCCCACUGCAUUUCCAAAUUAUUGUAUUUGAAUAUUUGAUUCUUUCUUUUGAUGACGGGGUCAACCUGACACUGUCGCCUGGGUUUUUUGGGUUAAAGACUAGGAAGUGUGGGAUUCGUACUCAAACUCAAAAGCAUUUAUUUCAAUUUAACAAUAAUUUGGUACUUUUGAAACGUCAACAAAUAUGAAA